UUGGUACCGAGGGGGCUAACUUGGCUAACAUCAGCCAGACGUGCUUAUCUUGCUAUCCGUAGUUUUCUGCUAGCCAUUGUCAUUGAUAAGAAUUUUGUAUUAUCAUAAUCCAUGGUUUUGUUUGUAAGUUAAUGUGUUCGUUAUCUAGGCUGUAGCAAUGAACUCACCGAAGUACGGUGAUCGAACUGCCAUUCUUAAACGAAAUAGACCAAUUUGGCAAUCAAAGGAUGGUCAAGAACAGAUCGAUGGCGAUGAAUCAGACGUGUCUUCUCAAGUGCAGAUUUUGGACAGGGUGAAGUCUGAUCGGGUGGCUGUCACACAGCCAGAGGAGGAUAGACGUCGAAGAACUAUAAUUGUUGAGAAAACAGCUGGAACAUAUGGAUUUACUCUACAGAGUUAUGGGAUCCACUAUAAAAAAGAACAAGAAAUUGAAAUGAUCACUUACGUUGAUUUUGUUGAUUAUGAUGGACCCGCAUAUCGUGCUGGAAUGAGAGAGGGUGAUGUCAUAUUAUCCAUAAAUGGACAUGAUAUGGAGAAGACAGACCACAAAACUUUGGUGAACUUUAUUAAAAACUGUGAUUCUAGAAUGCGUAUGGUUGUACUCUUUGAAGAUUGUGUUCGUAAGGUUGAGCUGCAUAUGAGAUACAUCCAAGUACAGCGCGCUCUUCGCAACAAAAUGCUAGAACUGGAAAGAUUAUGCUUGAAAGAACGUGAACUGCUUGAAGGAAAAUGGAAAACGCACAGUCUUCCAGCCAGAAAGAAGGCUACAUCUUCUGCUUCAUCUACUGAAAGAUCAUUUCACCAAGAACCUACCACAGAGUACAGUUAUUGUCGACCAACAGUGUCAACUGAGGAUGUAGCUUCAAUUCAGCCUCAGGUUGUAUUAGCUUACCAAUAUAUGGAACCUCAGUACAGAGCCUAUCUUCUUCAAGGACAGUCUAUUGCCUCAACUGUGGGUAGUACUAAUAGUGCAGACUAUCUGUUAAGUUGGAACAGUCAGCAAACUUCUCUGCAACAGCCUCAUCAGCAUCAGAUUGUUGUCAAAUCAUGUCUUAGAGGGUGUCGGCAAGUGAAUGGAGCGACAUCAGUUCCAGUCCCAACUGAAGAACCAUUUACUCCUAACAGCCAUCAACAUUCAGCAAAAGUUCAAUCUUCUACGCAGAAACACCGGCACUUAUGUGCACCGUGCAUUCGACCAAAUAAUCAAGGUGACAAUGGUAGCUUGGAUGCGUAUGAUUUAGCUAGUCCUUGCUGUGAUUCACGCUGUGUUCCAACUCGACGGAAAUCUUCUCAUAAACAGUCCUCUGACGGCAAGGAUAAAGGAUCUAAAGAAAAUCGUUGGGGCAGCAGUGGACGUUCAAGUCAUCAGCAUUCACAUCAGCAACAGCACCAAUACCAUCAACAGCCACAUCAUCAGAACCAGCAACAACCUCACUCGCAUCGUUACAUGAGCUUGGGUGGUGCAUCCACGACUAAUGGGACUGUGAGCUCUGGGGGAAGUAGUCACAGUCAAGUUGCAGCGUCAGGGCUUGUUAGUCAGUGCAGUCUCCAUUCUUGUGCAUCCAACUGGAGUGAACAUGCGGCUACUGCAUCCAAUGCAACAUCUCUUAGCACAGAUACUUUGUACUGGGAUGACUCAAUGCAUUCAGCUCUAACCCAUACUCAAUUGUCUCAAAAUGCAAAUUUAGAAACUUAUGCUACUACUUAUCACAUAUACAACCCAGUGAAACCAAAAUCAUGCGAUAAUCUUACUACCAAAGGAAUGGGGGGCUAUGGAUUCGGUUAUGGUUACCUUGAAAAUACUAGUCAGAGAAGUGGUUCACAAAAAGAGCAUUCGAAUAGAGGAUACAAAAUGCAGCCUACUGGUUGUCUAGAAGAUUCUUGUGGACGUCAAUACUACAUUGUCACUGGACCCCUAGUAAGUAAAAGUAGUGCAGAAAACUUACUGUGUCGUACAGACUCAAGUCAUAGCUGUGAUUGCCUGGAUGCGGCAUCCACUUCUUCCAAUCGCCGCAUCAUCACUGCCGAUAAACCGCCUAAGCAGGCACAUCACCAUCACAAGAAUGUUACUUAUGAAAUUCAUCCACUUCCUCAAAAGCAAGUUAACCAACAGUCCCAACCAAAUCAAGAAAAGCAGCAGCAGCAACAGCAGCAAUCACAGCAAGCUCAGGCAUUGCGUGAUAUGGCUAGUCAGACUGAUAGCAAAAGCGCUCAAGGAGAGGUGACUCGACUUUAAUUUCUACGCACUGUAACUCCACAAAGUGUGAAUGACAGGUGCAUUUUAAACUAAGUUUGUAUGGAAACUACUUUUAGUCUAUUAUAGCACUAGUCUUAUUGUGGUAUAAUUUUUUGACAUUUAUUUGUAUGGCUCCUGAUAGGACAAGGGUGUGCCAAGAUUUAAAAAAAUUAAUAUUCAUUUUAAAAACUUAGCAAAGCCAGUGCCAUGCAAUGUGAUUAGAGUUUUCCUGUAAUUGUACUUUUUUAUUGGCUUUUCAUUGCUCAUUAAGUAAGGAGUUCCCCAAACAUUUUACAGUUCUUCCAUUCUGAAGCAUUUUUACUAACUAAAAAAAUCUCAUUUUUUUAAUUUAAUGAUUUAAUUAAGUCAAAUUUUUGGUGACUGAAUUGUUGUGGACAUGUUUGCAGUUGUGUGCACUUGUAAUAGUGAAUAGUGAAUCUAAGAGAAUAUUGAUUGUAGUUAUUUCAUGAGGCAAUGUUUUACCUUACUAUUGACAUACUAAGUGAUGGACACCUUUGUUUAAUGUUUUGUGACACUGUAGUCAACAUUUGAGACAAUGUUGCUACCCUAUUCUGUUUUGUGUAUGUGUAAUUCUGAUAUUUUAAAACUGUAAUCAAACUCUAUUUCUGUUGAUCUAUACACUUUUGA